AUGCACUACUGGUAUUUACAAAAUUAUCUACAGCCAUCUUUGGUUGUAAUCAUGUAUGAGGAUGGUAUGGGACGUCAAAUAACGUUAGGCCAACUCAUUUUUCGGAAUGGUGAUGCCAAUCCCUUCGAUGACGCGACUCUCUAUGCUUUCGACACUGAAAAACACCUCUCAAUCGAAGAAAAAGAGUUUCGCUCGCAAAUCAUGGAGGCGUUUGAUAGUUACAACGGCGGAACAGUCUACCCACGAAGCAGCACAAAUUCAGUGAUUGCCGGAUGUGACAAAGUGGCCCCAGGGUACUUCAGCUAUAUAGAUAAACAUGGCUGUCUAAGAGGUCCCUUCUCGGCGGAACGCAUGCAACGGUGGUACGAGGAAGGAUUUUUUGCUGACGACUUUGAAGUCUUCGCCCAUCGCGGCCGUGUUGCUGAUAAUUUCACUCUCGGAAAGAAGCAACAAACGCUCGUUGGAUAAGUCUGUGCAGUGUCCACCAAGAGGCAAAUUCAAAGAAUUAUCACAAGAAGAAGCCGAAAAAUACAAGCCGUGGCCACUUCUCUCUCGUCAAGAAAAAAACCACUCAGAAGUUAAGAAAGAGUCAUGGGUCAUGAAUAACUUUCGUUUCCUACAAAAGCAUGUAUCUCAAUGUGACUUGGAAAAUAUCAACAAAGAUCCAAAUAACUAUGAUCUUUUUGGAGCUGUUUGUCAGCUUUGUUGCGUUCGACUGCCAGCAGCUAGCGAAGUGUUCAAACAUCUUGCACUUGAGAGUCAUCAGAACAAAGUUCUUCUGGAAUGUCAGAUCACUGGCUCAGAAUUCAAUGAAUACUUUAAUCGGCUGAAGAAUGUGCGACUUAAAGCAGUAUGAAAUGA